UUAGCGUUGUUGUUGAUGGUAGAAGGUUGUAGUUAUUUCCUUAAUCCUAUAUACAAACAAUUAAAGAAUUUUUAUACUGUAGUAGUUAAAUAUGCUUAAGUUUCCUUUAUAGUUAUAUAUCUAACUUUAUGUGUAAGAAUGGAAGAUACAAAAAUAGUAGUAUGCAGAUUAUGUUUAAAUUUUACAACUUUCGAUGAAUGCCAGAUAUUAGACACCGUUUCGAAAGACAUGCUUACUUUUAUAAUGCCAGAAACAGAUCUAGAUAUAAGUCAUGAUCCAAAGAUAUGCCAGACUUGUUACAAAACCAUGCUGAGGUGUUACAGAUUUAAAUCUAAUUAUAACAAAGACAUCAAGACUGAGACUAAAAAAAAAUUAGACACAGAGGGAUCAGAAAUGAUCAGUAUUCAAGUUGAAGAAGUAGAAAGUAAAUGUAACUUCUGUUCAAGUAGCAUUGACGAUGAAAGCCGGGAAGAAUUCAGUAAUCGUAAAACUUAUUUUACUGAAGUUUUACAAAAAUAUCUACCUGAACGGAAUCUCAGCAGUAAAGCACUAUUUUGUAAAAAAUGCUUAGACGACCUCACAAGUCAAUUUACAUUCAUCACCAAAUGUACAGAUACCGAGAACAAGCUCAAAGAUUAUCGUUUGACUCACGGUACUAACAGUGAAGGAAAAUUAAAUUUAUAUGAAGCUCUUCAACAAAUUUUGUGCAAAGAAGAUACAGAUCUGAUUACAGCAAUUAAAACUGAUGGAGAUAUGUCUUGUGAAGAUUUAUUUGAAGGGGCAAACAAUGAGGUACCGUUUCCAGAGGUGGAUGUUAAGACCGAAACUCUUAAGAUGGAAGAGGUUGAUAUCAAAUCCGAACCAUAUGAUGAAGAAAGCAUCAUUACAUCUGAGUCUGAGGGAUCAAUUACUGGAUCAGAAAGACACCUCGAGAAAUCACAGUUGAAGCGUACUGUCGAUGAUGCUGACGGCUCGCCAUCCACAAAGAGAUGUCGUAAAGAUACAUUUCAAGCCUGUUUCAACGUAACCCAAACUAGGAACACCGAAACUAAUAUAGCAAAAGAACACGGCUUUACUCCAUUUAAAAAGCACCGCCAAUACACGCCUCUACUAGAAGACUUCAUAGAGAACGAUAGAAACCAAAUCAGACGUAUCGUCCACUCCUUCUUCCUGAGACACGAACAACCCACAGUAGAAAAGAUCCAAGCUGUCCUGAGCGAAAACGAACACCUACCACCUCUGUCAAACAUCAUUCUAAUGCGUGUACUGAAUGAAAUCAACUUCCGAAUUAAAGGGAAAAGGCAGUGCAAAUUCAUUAAGGAAAGGGAUGAAACAAUUAUUUGGAGGAGGCGCUACUUGACGCAAAUCAAGGCGUACCGUGAAGAGCAGAGACCGAUUUACUAUUUAGACGAGAUGUCUAUCUACGUCGUACAAGAUUCUAAAGGCAAAAGUUUCACCGUUUUACACAUCUGUAGCGAAGAUGGAUUCUUAGCAGAUGGCCUCCUAAUGUUCGAAUCUAAAGUAGUCGAAGACCAAAACAAAAAGAUUAAAAUAGCAGCAUUUGAAGACUGGUUCCCUAAAAUUCUGCCCAAAUUAAAAGCCAAAGCAGUCAUAGUCUUGCAUAAUGCGCCGUGUCACAGCCGACCGUUGGAAGAAUUCCCAAAUGGGACAAUGCAUAAGGUCGAAAUCCAGAAAUGGCUGUCGAGUAAAAAUAUAGCGUUUGAGGAGGAUAUGGUGAAACUAGAACUGUUAGAUUUAGUCAAGAAGGCUAAACCGCUCGAGAAACGAUACGUCGUGGACGAAAUGGCCAAAGCUAAUAACAAAAACGUACUAAGGCUGCCGCCAUAUCACUACGAAUUGAAUCCUUUGAAGACGAUCUGGCCGCAAAUAAAGAGUGAGGUUUCGAAUAAAAAUUCCAGUUGUCAAUUUGAGGAAGUUCGUGAGGUUCUUGUUGACGCUAUUGCUCGGGUAAGCGCAGAACAGUGGCAGAAAGCCAUCAGCGAUGUUCUUGAAGUGGAAAAGGAAUUGUGGCAAUUGGAUAUAGAUAUGGAAGAACAAAUGGAGGCGCUCCUCGCCGAUUGUAGCGGCACCGAGUCUGAAUCGGAAUCAGAUUAAAAUUCACUAGAAAUAUAUAUUUAAAAAAAAAGCUAAAUAAAUAAUCGACGCUGUGUAAGUGAGUUUUUUUUACAGUUUUUUUUUUGGAUUAUCAAUUCUAUGUAGGUGUAAUAUUUGUGAUUUUGAAGAAAUUAUAGUUUCAAAAAAAAUUGGACUUAUGUGGACUGUUAAUUUGUGCACUG